AUGAAUCGUCUAGUCCGGUCGAGUAGCAUCAGAAAGGAUGCCCACACGAAUCGCUCGCCCCCUCGAACACCGCCUUCACAAGCGUCCAACUGCAAGCCUUUCAAGCGAGGGCUCCAUCCCCGUCCCUCGUUGCGCGAAACCUUCCUAGACGAUACGAAUCCGGCCGACCAUGCGAACAACAGCAGUAACGAUUCAAGUGAAGAGCGGGAUCCCCAUGACCUCUCCCUGUCUCCAAAACAUGCCGCGCGCACCUCCAUUGUCGACAAUAUGUUGCUUUCUCUAGAUCAGUUCGCUUUGUCCACAGGCAAUUCGGUUCUCGAUGACUACCGCCUCUUCAACUCCGUCUUUGAAUCCGAAUUGUACGGUCGGAACUCGCAGGAGUCCGCGGGACCACAUCGGUAUCGCGGCCAUACAUUCUCUUCGUCCCUUUCAUCAGAAGCGGACUUUGGCUACGACGACAGCUCGACUCGCUAUGGAACCCAGCCAGCCUCUGCGGCCAGAGGCCGCCGGAGCAACAGUAGCUCCCAGUAUCACUCCGGCCUGGGACGCUUCGGGAGUACCCGCAGCCGGGAAGGCACCAAUUCACGAGGUCAACUCUAUGACUAUCGAACCGUCACCGGGGCCGAUCAAACGACUCGCGGGACAAGGAAAAGCAGCAAAGCAAGCUCAUCUUCCAAUCUCGACUUCGGUCCAGCUCUCAUCAGAGGGAGAGCGGACUCGUCCGGUGAGCGACGUUCGGCCAGCUUCGAUUACGGUACUAGGCCGCCUUUCAUUCCCGUCGAUCACGAUUCCACGUUCUACGACAAUACAGACGCCGCUCCAACACCCAGCGUGCCGGCUGGCCCCCGGAAGUUACACUCAUCCGCUCAAAAUGAUUAUGCCGGUGUCUUGAACAGUCAGUCUUCGCGGACACCGGUCGCCUCCCGGCGGAAUAGCAUCAAAUCGUCCCGAACCAACCAUGCCAGGAAAACCCGGCCGGAGAACAUUGGUACCAGCUCCAUCAUGCGAGGCGGAGACAACGAGCUUGCCAAACUGGCCGAUGACGGGCUGGAUCCGCCCCCAGCAAUAUCAGCAUCGCUCGACCCGCCCGCUCCAAGUCCGACGAUCUCGUUCAAUAAACCUGCUAUACUGGCCUCGCCAGACACAACACCUGCCAAGGAGCGCCAGGGAUUUUUCCGGCGCGUGUUCGGAUCAUCGAAAAACACCGCUUCAGGACCGUCGGAAAGCAUCCAAUCUGACAGCAUAUUACCCCAAGAGAAUGACACCAAGGAGACAAAUGCAGCUGGCGGAAGUCUCAGGAGCCGCAGACAGCCAUUAAGAAACAAUGUGUCUGGCGCAAAUGCCCUCCGCGAAGGCCAACCACAUGUGGUGAACAAGAAGUCUUCUUUUUUCCGUCGGCGAAAGAAGUCGAUAUCUAUGACCGACAGCCUACCACCUCCCAUUAUUCUUCCUCAGGAACUAGGCCCCAAGGCUGUGGAGAUUUUGAAACCCGAGCCCAGUCCUGUCAGUAGUCUCAGAAAGGUGAUGAAUCCGUACCUUGCUGAUGGCAUUGGCGGCGCAUGUGAUAAGUCCAAUAGUGGCCCGAUUCGGGUCGCAGGUGCAGAUCAUGCAGGAAAUAUGAAUACAAGCCUUACCUCAGCAAGGAACGAGAAAGAAAAUGUUUCUACAGCUCCCGCCAAGGGCGGUCAGACAUCAAAAUACAGCCUAUAUCCGCCUCCAACCGCAGGCAGUGGCCACGAUACAUCAUUCCUGAUGAACGGCAGCGGAGAUGAAGAGUCCACAGCCAGGACCACUGAAAUGGAUUCAACCACUGUUGAUCGAAAGCAGGAGAAAAUGGCGGUCGAGGAUGGCCUCAAUCCUUCCGAGGGCGAGAACGUCGGUCAGUUGACUGACGGCACCUCCCAUAUCAUGAUCCCAACGACGACGAAAUCCGCCCCGGCUCUGUCUCCGGUAGUCGAGAGUAUAUCUCCAGCAAGUGUGUCACCUCUGGAAGAUUCAGAGUAUUCAAUUAUGGAAACCGCCGAGAGAACUGCAGGCCGUCGCCAAAGAUCCAACUCCUGUGGAGACCAGCAGGCCCAGCCCAGCAAGCUAUCCAUCCCCGCCGCGAAGGCGGAUGCUUCGCCUCAAGUCUCGCCUGCAAACUCGGAAGAAUUCUUUACAGCCGCCAACACCCCUGCGGUGCCGUCGGAAGAUCCUAAGCCUCCACAGAUCAUCGAGGACACCGCUGAAUGCUCUGACGACGCCUUGCCAGGCGGCCCCUCGAGUUCUGAUCGGGAUCAAGCAAGGCGACUGUUCGAUAGUCAAGACCAAGUGGUAGGCAAUGAGCCGGCUGCUGCCUGGCUUGGGGAUCCUGGCCGUGCUUCUAUCAGAGAGGCAUACAUGGACCUCUUUGACUGGUCCAACAUGAACAUUCUUGCAGCACUACGAAGCCUUUGUACUCGCUUAGUGCUCAAGGGCGAGACGCAGCAGGUAGAUCGAGUGCUGGAUGCUUUCUCAACUAGGUGGUGCCAGUGUAACCCACGACAUGGCUUCAAAGCUGCCGACCUUCAUCUGGCGGAUAUUGAGCAGAAGAUGACGAAGAAUCAGUUCGUUCGGAACACGAUGCCGACAAUACGUCGGGUUGCUGUUGAAGCAGCUCCGGACGGAUUCGAAACCACUCGGCCCGCUAAUCGAUCGAGACUGCCAACACAAGAGUCGGCUUCGUUACCCGCCACGUCGCAGCCGAACCCGACCAACAAUCCUGAGGCGUCCAAUACCGAUACAGACCGGCCGAGUCACCCUCCCCACAAGCUUGUUAAUCGGUUGUCUCGAACCGAUCUCUCGAUCAAAUUGUCGGGUGAUCCUGAAAGCGACGUCGGUCCGUUGGUUAAUGCGCCAUUCAAUGGAUCGAUGAGGCUAUGGGAGCAACAGGUGGAGACUGUGCUGAGAGACUUCUACUCCUCGAUUCAGAAGCAAAAGCUUCCGCUCCAUGGCGCUGCAACUGAUAGGGAUGGUCCGCAACCCCAGUCAAACAAUCUACUCGGCCCUGGCGCCAACCAUCAUGGUCUGCGGAGAAGUCCAAGCACAAUCAGCAAGAGCGGCUCUGACAUCUUCCCUCGCGGUCGCUCGGCUGAUUCUCGCUACGGAAUAGCGCGAUGGUCCUCCAAAGCGCGCUCGCGGGCCAGAUGGUAUCCUCCGUCCACGAUGGGGUCCAGCCGAACCAGCUUGGACGACCAGUCGUCUCUCUGGAGCCCGUCUGCCUCUAGUACGUGGAGUAAAUACUCUCUCGGUAAAUUGACUUCUGCGUCUGUCGAUUCUUUCGGCUCGGAUUAUCCGCGCGGGGAUUAUCAACAGUCGAUUGGUUUCGCGAACGCACUCAGCCAGGCGAUCAUCCGUGAGGAUUCUGCGCACUCCAUAACGAGUGUGGAAGAGGAAGGGACGGCUCAUCUCCUGGAGGAUGAGACUCUACAACUGGCCGGGGCUCCAUGGGCCAAAGAAGGUAGCCUCAAGCACAAGCAACACUUGGAUUCGGUCGAUAAGAGGGCCAGGGAUCGUAAUUGGAAUGAAUGCUUCGCUGUGAUUCAGCAAGGCUGGAUGCGUCUGUUCUCAUUCAGCAACACGGCGAGGACGCUGCGGCAGAAACCCAAACAGCGUCCUCAUGGAGGGGUCGUGGUGGGAGGUGGAAACUGGACCGAAAAUGCCCAGGAGAUUUGGAAAUUUCUCCUGCGGCACACGAUUGCCAGUGCACUUCCGCCCCCAGGCUAUUCCAAGUCACGUCCACACGUCUGGGCACUGAGUUUGCCGACUGGCGCCGUUCACCUGUUUCAGGCGGGCACACCGGAGAUUGUCCGGGAAUUCGUCUCGUCCGCCAACUACUGGAGCGCGAGAUUGUCUAAGGAGCCUUUGGUCGGAGGAAUCAGUAACAUUGAGUACGGAUGGAGCGAUGCCGUGAUCAACAGCGCUCUGGUGCACGCCGACAACAACAGGACGCCACCUUCAUCCGGGCCUCGAGCUAGCAUUCAGAGCUCCAUCCGCAGCUCUAUUGACCAGCAGGGCAUCCGACCUAAGCUGCCGGCGGAUCGAGUACAUAUCAGUGAUUGGGCGCCACCUCAGCAGAGUAUGGCGGCCUCAGCACUGCUCGAGGCCGAGCAGCUGAAGGCUUUACAAACGUAUGUCAAGAACGUGGAGGACGACUUGUCGCGUCACAACGAGCUUCGACCCGCCAUGAUUCUUGCAUUCUCCCCUCGCCAUCCCAACGCAGCCAAGGCGAUGGCCAAUUGGGAACGCAAAUCCUCGUAUUUGCUACGGGAAAUUGUGAAGUUCCGGACGUAUAUUGAUUCGCUCCAAGCCGCAAUAGAUGCUAAAAACAAGAUCUAUGCAACUCGCGAAGAAGACACCCCUUCGUGA